AUGACAGCCGAGUGUAGAGUGAAGGGCCUCAAGAGGUUGGUGUGCAUUGAAUACCCGGGUGUUGUGGACAGUGUGCCGGCAAUGAUGUCCACAUUGAGUGGCAUUUCUGGAGUUGAGAGCACUUUGAAUAAUCCCAACGAAAGACUGGAACUCCGGUACCCGCAUGAAGAACGCAAUGUUACCAUUGAUAGCGAUGGCGAUCGCAUUGCAGACUAUGCACUCCUCGACCAAACAGAUCCUGAAUCCGGUUGUGAUGCGUUACUUCGGUGCGACACCUCGACCAAACAGAUCCUGAAUCCGGUUGUGAUGCGUUACUUCGGUGCGACGAACCAAUACGUGGGCGUCGCUCACAUACACUGGCCUAAUGGCAACAAACCAAGAGAUAUACCCGAGUGUGGCUUCGAUGGCGAUCUGUGUCCGGAGCUGCCGUUUUGGGAUAUACUGACGGCUUCAUUGCUGACAAUAUUAGUAAAAGUGAAAUUAGAGUCCGCGCUGACAAACAUGUCAUGGCGUGUCCGUUGGGAAGACAUCACAUUUCCAGAUAACAUGUCGCAUAAAGGGAUGGAACCGGAAUGGUCUUUAAGUAUCGAUUGGUCGCCGAAAACGAAUUCACAAAUUCUGACGGGUUUUUACAAAGGAAAUCUGGUGGCUAUCAAGAGAUUACCGCAGAAGCGCAUAGAAUUGACUCGAGACCUGCUCUUAGAGCUCAAAGUGAUGCGCGAAACAUCUCAUGAAAAUUUGGUCCGUUUUAACGGUUGUUGUAUUGACGGGACGGUUGCCAUCCUCAGUGAGUUUUGCGCCAAAGGAUCACUGAGGGACUUGUUGGCCAACACCAGUCUCAACCUGGACUGGCUUUUCAGAUAUUCACUCAUUAAUGACAUUAUAUCGGGAAUGUGUUAUUUGCAUAAUUCAGAGCAUGUAUAUCACGGAAGACUCAAAUCAAGCAAUUGUUUGGUUGACUCAAGAUUUUGUGUCAAACUGACGGACUUUGGUCUUAGAAAAUUCAAAGCAUUAGCCGGUUAUCAAACGACUGGUGAAUCCGAAUUAAUAAUACCCGAGAAUUCGUCGACAAUUAAUUUGAAAGCCAAAUGUAGAGUGGAUUCAUUGUGUGAAUUCAAUGUCGGACUCUUAUAUAUCGCACCCGAACUCCUGUGCAAAAGUCAGUGCAUGGAUCCAAAGAAGUGUAAAUUUCAAGAUUAUAUCAAUGGAUAUUAUGGCACUCAAAAGGCAGACAUUUACAGAGAACAGCCAUUCUUUCCUCAUUACAUGAAUAUGGAGACUAAAGACAUUAUCAAAGAAGUGAAGUCAUCUAAUCUAAGGCCAUGCGUUCCCAUUGAUUCGUGUGACGAGAGAAUGCAUUCACUUAUGAAGAAUUGUUGGUCUUCUGAGUUAGAUAUGCGACCGGAUUUCAAUUCAAUGAAACACGAAAUCAGAGGAAUAAUGAAGUCGAUGGGCGUCGGAGGCAUAUCAGCCGCUCAGUCGACCCUCACUGAGAACCUAUUGGCGCGUAUGGAACAGUACGCCAACGAAUUGGAGUCUAUAGUCGAGUGUCGGACCGCAGAACUCGCAGAAGAAAAGAAAAGGACUGAAGAACUGCUUUACCAGAUAUUACCCAAACCAGUGGCCGACCAACUCAAGAGUGGCCAGAUGUUUGAGCCUAACUUUUAUGAUUCUGUGACCAUAUAUUUCAGUGAUAUUGUAGGCUUUACGUCCAUGUGCUCUCAGAGUACACCAAUGCAAGUGGUUGACUUCUUAAAUGACCUGUACACUUGUUUUGACACUAUUAUAGGAAGCUAUGAUGUUUAUAAGGUGGAGACGAUAGGGGACGCAUAUAUGGUAGUCUCGGGAUUACCAGAGCGUAAUGGUAUAGAGCACGCCCGACAAAUCGCUAAAAUGUCACUAAAAAUUAGAGAUAACGUCCAAAACUUUGUAAUUAGACAUAAGCCUAAUGAGAAACUGCAGCUAAGGAUUGGCAUUCACACCGGUCCGACCGUUGCUGGUGUUGUCGGUAAUAUAAGGCCACGAUUUUGUUUGUUUGGAGAUGCGGUGAACACGGCUUCCCGAAUGGAGAGCAACGGAGAGCCGCUUAAGAUUCACAUAAGUCCGUCGACUAAGACUGUGUUAGACUUAUUCGGAACAUUCGCGUUGGAGCCCAGAGGAGACAUACCCAUCAAAGGCAAGGGAACGAUGAAAACCUAUUGGCUUAUCGAAGAAAAGCUCAUCAACUAAUCAUUUAUAAGAAUAUAAGAAUAUAUACUAUUCUAUACUAUUCUGUGAUCUUUAUAUACUCACAACAUAUCACAUAUUACCGCUUAUUUCAAUCCAUUCACACUUCACUCAACACUGCAUUUCUGUCAUUUAUUUCCAAUUAAAUCUAUUUUCAAUCAUUUCCUCUUAUAUAUA